AGGCAAGCGCGAUCGAGCUCUCGAACUAAAAUAAUCACGCUGCAUUUCACAGCUCCGACCCAGCAAUGGCACCUAGAGCCUCCGUUCUUCUUCUCGCCGUCGCCGUGGCCGCCGCGGCGUGCGCGGCCGCCUCCGCGCAGAUCAGGCUUGGAAAGGUCGUCGUCACCGGAGUCGUGCCGUGCAACACCGGCACGCUGAUCGACGUCGCGGCGUCUCCGGCAUUUCCAGACGCGAACGUGGAGCUGCGGUGCGGCGGAAGCGUGGUGGCGGGCGCGACGACGAGCCGCAACGGGUCGUUCGCGAUCGAGGCGGACAUGACCAGCUCGCUGGGGGCGCUCGUCGGCGCCUGCGAGCUGGUGGUCGACACGCCGCUGGCCAAGUGCAACGCCACGCUGCCGGCGUCGGGGGCGCUGGUCUCCUACCUGCAGAGCCCGCUCGCCGGGAUGCUAAGCGGCGUCUUCCGCCUCGUCCCAUCCGGCUUCUCCUUCCACGCAUGAACUGAUCUGAGCUCCGCAACGUGAUGCGUGCAUCUAGAACGAACCAGACCAAGUAAACAACCUUGCAUGUAUGGCGCCGGUGACAGAUCACAGUUACAAGUAUCUGAAAAUAAAUGUACACCGAUAAGUAUGUUACGAAGGGAAUAAUCUACUCAAGCACACGAUUAAAGAUCGUACAUAUGAAGACUUUACAUAUA